UUUGAGACCAUGGCCAACCUGCUGCGCAGAUACGUUGCACCCGCGGAAACCGCUCGUCAUGUCGCGACGAUCCUGGGGUUUCCCUCCAAGGUUUCAAUUGCUGCCAACUACUAUGAGGACGCCUGCAAGGAGAUCGCGAGUCUAGCCUCUGCGAUCUCUGCCUUUGAGCCAGUGCGCCUGUACACGCGCCCAGAAGAUGUCCCGAAAGCACGAGCUCUGGUCUGCAAAAGUAUUGCCAAUUUUAACGGCACAGAUUCAAACAUCAGCAUCAUUCCGUUCAGUACAAACCAUUUGUGGGUCCGCGACACCGGUCCCGUCUAUGUUUAUGGGACUGGAGCGCAUGCUAAGGAUCGCUUUGCUGUCAACUUCCGGUUCAGUGAAUGGGGUAAGAAAGAUGAUAUCGACGACCAUUACCGAGCUACAGAUGGACUGGAUUGGCCUGUUAUGGGACCCGAGCAAAUCAAAGAGAAUGCAAUUUUCGCUCGACAAGUCAUCGCCAACGAUGUUUCUCCAGCUCCAGUCGCUGAGGUUGAGUCCAAAGUGUGCUUAGAGGGGGGUGCAUUAGUUCUAGAUGGUGAUGGCACGCUCCUCGCGACGGAGAGCAGCAUUCUGAACGAGAACCGCAACCCGGGUCUUUCUCGUGCUGAUAUCGAAGAGGAGCUGCAACGUCUGUUGGGCGUUGAGAAGAUUAUUUGGUUCCCUGGCAAGCGAGAUCUCGAUGUCACAGAUGUCCACGCCGAUGCCGAGCUUAACUUUGUUCGACCGGGUGUGGUGGUGCUCUCCAGGCCGCACCCCAGUGUACCGAAGCCUUGGCAAGAUGUGCACAACGAGAUCCGAGAUAUUUUGGAUCGGGAAGUCGAUGCAAGGGGGCGUCGCUUUGAGGUACAUAUCGUGGAGGAGCCGGAUCCCACUGUAUUUGGAGAUUUAUCCUAUCCUGAUCCGGCAACGAAUUAUGUCAACUUCUACUUUGUCAAUGGUGGCCUCAUCCUCCCUCAAUUUGGAGAUGCCGUCCGAGAUUCAGAGGCUGUUUCGACCUUGCAAAGACUGUGCCCUGAAUAUAAAGUCACACCGGUACCUGUUCGUGCCCUCCCGUUGGCUGGCGGUGUUAUACACUGCUCGACCCAGCCUGUUGUUGCGGUCAGCGAGAAUUGAAAAAAAUUCUUAAUGCGACGCUGACCUUUCCAAAGAAAGAGUACCUAUAUUGCUCAUCUGCCCUUAUUGAAUUGUAAUAUGGGCAUAACAUGACUAUCUCUGCUCCAUCGCCGUUAUUUAUUAAUCAAGUGCUUUCCUGGGCCAGGGAGGAAAAACCAAAAGUCCUCCAGACCGCUUAAGGCUCAGAGACAGACUCCAUUUUCCAAAUGCUUAGGCAUAAGGUCAAG